AAGCCUAUGAAGCCUAAGAGUUUUAUAAAAAGUUUAUAAGCUCAAACACUACCAUAAAAAAACAACAGCAGGUAGGAUAAAAUGUUGGCUUGAUAUGUCAGGUUCAUGCUCCACACUGAUUGUUCAUUUAUCUUCACCAUAUGAGGUUUCACACAACACUGACCUCUGAUUCUGCAUGUGCACCUUUUUGGGACCUUUUACCACCUAUUUCCUUGAUAUCGUCGUAUAAAAUAGCUUAUGUUAUGGGAAGUUUACUUAAAAGAAAGGAUACGAAAAUAGGCCCAUUUAGUUAUUUGACGACUGAUUUGAAGUGUAGUUUAAGAGCGUCGCCUCUAGUUGGCGACACUGCAGGAACAGUCCUAUGACGCACGCGGAUGCAAGUUUGUUUGGGUUUAGCUCCAUGAUUUAGCUAGCAUUAGCUUCACAGAUUAAGGGCAAAGAGUUAUUUGACAAUGAUCUGAUGUAAACUGUUGGUCAGUUUUUAUCUCGUUCGAACAUGAAAACCGUGUUUGUGACUGUAGGCACCACCAGUUUUGACGAGCUCAUUGAAGCCAUCAUCAGCCCGGCUGUUGUGGAGGUUCUGAAAGACCGUGGAUAUGAGAAGCUGAUUCUUCAAGUUGGAAGAGGUACUAUUUUUCCAACUCCUGAGACCUGUGCGCAGAUCUCUCUGGAGACCUUUCGUUAUAAGGAUUCAAUCGCUGAUGAUAUCAAGAACGCUCAUCUCAUCAUCAGUCAUGCAGGAAAAUGCUUGUUUUCUCUCUCAGGUGCAGGGAGUUGCUUGGAGGCACUCAGUGCUGGCAAGCCUCUGCUAGUUGUUGUCAAUGACAAACUGAUGAACAACCACCAACUGGAAUUGGCCAAACAGUUGCACUCUGACUCCCAUUUACUGUACUGCACAUGCAGCACCCUGACAGCAACACUGAAGACCAUGGAUAUCUCUGUCCUUCAGCCUUUUUUGCUUGGACAACCUCAAAACUUUGCAAACUUUUUAGACAAAGCUCUGGGAAUAAAAUGAGAUCUCUGCCAUUAUACUGACAGACAUCUACCCAAACUUCAAAAUUGCUACAAAGUUUGAAUCUGAAGGUCUGCUACCUGCAAGCCAGCAUGGACAUGUCACAGUAUGGCAUUAGACUGACACCACCAUUGUUUCCAUUUCCAUUUUUCUAGGUCUUUCGAUGCAUACACAACCAAACAUGCACUGUAGAGUAAUUUCACAUAAACUAGAUUAAUUUUAUUAUUUUGACAAAAAUAAUUGACAAUUGCAAUGCUUUGACAAUUUUCUUUGAAUCUUUUCUAAGUAUGAGUUCUAAAAUGUCAAACAUAAACCUCUGUCUCUUUUUUCAUACCCAAGGAUAAAGAAACAACUUAUGUGAAAUAAAUCUUCUGUAUUAAUAAAAUAAUGCAGUGUUUGCGCAAUAACUAAUUUAUUUCUAAAUUUAACUUUUGCAAAACUACAUUAUAGAUGUUUUUAGCAGAUUGUGUACAGUUGUCUGUUGUGCUAUGCUUUGUUUCAAAUAUCUGGUUUUUACUUGCCAUGCUUGAGGUUCACAUAAUGUUUGUGCAGACUAGAGCAUGUGAAUCUAAUACAGUUUAAUAGUGUUAUGCUCUCAGGCAAGUUUUUUUUCUUCUUCUGUAAGAAUACUGUAUUUUACAGAAAUCAUCUUCAUCUAAUGUACAUUAAAAAGUCAGCAAAACCACCACUACUUAAA